UGACAAAUUCUGUGUAAAACGACCCUGAGGUCGGUAUAUAGAAUUAAUAAUUAAAGAGACGAUUAGAUAAUAUUAGGUUAAAUCUGGUUAUUCGUUUAAUAUCUUUUAGAGUUGGUCUUAGCUAGACUUGAAAGCAAUGAGGAUAUUUCUUUUGGCUUUACUAGUUAUCAGCAGCAUAACUGUAAAUGCUGAUAGCUCAGUAGAAUGUGACUCAGCAAUAAAACUUGACACGAAGGAGAAGACAAACACGCAUAACACAUUAACUUUAGGAUGGUACAGAAUGAAACACCACGAGUUACUCAAUGAAGAUGAUAUUCCCGAAUCCUGUUCAUUUAUACAGUUUCCAAUAUGGGCAAAAGGAUCCUUUCCAGCUAACGAAGGUGAUAACGCAAUCCUAGACGGAUGUGUUUAUCAUAGUGAAGGAAAACCUUGUGAAAACAAGUACAGCAUCAAAGUUCACAACUGUGGAGAAUACAAUGUCUACUAUCUCAAUGCAACUGCUACACAGGACGAAGCUUAUUGUUUCAAAAAGGACGAUGAUGAUGAUGAUUGUGAAGAACAAGAAGAAGAUUACGGAAAGAAGUUUCAUCGAUGUCAUCGAAACCAUCGAUAUGUUGUUUUGGUCAUCGGAUCAGUGAUAAUUGCUGGUGUGUUGAUCUCCAUGGUUGCUAUAUACCUUUGGAGAAGAAAGCGCCUGGCAGCUUUACUUAAAAAAGAAAUGUACAAAGCUCCACAGGAAAAUGAUGGUCCAGUUGUCGUUACUACCAAUGAUAAUCUUCCGCCUAAGAAAUAUUAAACCAUACCGGAUGUUUACAACAAGUUACUAUCACAGCAGACGACUAGACUCAUGUGUCUAGACGCAGUGUUUCUCAUUUUUGUAGAUUAAAAUUUAUACACAGCGUAUCUCAUAUUUAAAUAUCGAGAUUGUCUAGACGCAGUGAAUCUCAUUUUUGUAGAUAAAUUUUUUAUAGAUGCAGUGUAUCUCAUUUGUGUAGACUAUUUUAAGUCAAUGUUUUAGAUUUACAAUGUACAUAGAUCCAUCCAUAGAUUCUGCACGCAGGCGUGUUUGUUUAUUGUUAAUUUCUAAUAUUUUAAUGAUGUUGAAUUGUUGUUAUGUUUUAAUCUGAUCAUUAUAUUUUAUUUGUAAAUAAUUACAUUAGAUGUAAGUUUCAUUAUAAUACGUUAUUUUGAUUGGCUAACAUGUUAUUCCGUAAACAAUUGCAUCAGACAAUAACAUUUAACAAGCAUGAUGACACGAGGUCCCACAAAAAAGUGCACAGGUGAAUUAAAUAAAACUCGAUAAAAAUCGUGUUUUCAUGAUUUUAGCUAAAAAAAAUGUAAUUAUAAGUAUUGAAUACUUCUUUUUGAAACUU